UUCUUUUCCUUGGAUUUGUUCCUUAGCUAAGAAGAUUUGGUGCUGCUUUUGGUUCGGUACAUUACCCCAUUCCACAAGAAAGGGACGAGUGCUGCUCGGUAUAUGUACCUGCGCUGCCGUCUCCCACGAGGGAAGACUGGUUCGAGGGGGGUCGUCUCCUACCGCAGUCUCGGCUGAGAGGAAGGAAGCGACUUCCUUUUCUUGGGACUUCAUUGAUUGAAGCUUCUGUGAGGAGAGUCUUGUGGCGUCCCAUGGUGGCCUUCAAGGAAGACAGGAACAGAUCAUUCCAUGGCUGAAGUGUGAGAGUGCCAGAUAUUGACAGUAGAGGUUGCUGAGAUGGGCUUGAGAAUGUUUUACCACUCUGCAAUCUGCCUAUGUUCAUUAGCUGCUGUCCUGGGCUGUUGCCUAGGAGAAGUCCCAGUUCAAAUCACCAUCGGGAAGGAGGAUCUCACUAAAAUUGGAACAGAUGAAAGAAUUUUGAUUGGCGACGUGAACAUCUCUGAACCUGUAAGCGCUUUGUCAGCAAGGACACAGAGAGUUGAUCCUUUGAAUAGCUUGAAGAAGUACAAAGGUGGCUACAACAUCACAAACACACAUUACUGGAGUUCUACAAUAUAUACAGGAAGAUAUGGAUAUAUCAUCGGUGCAAUAUGGAUUAUUGGCGGCCUUGUUUAUGCCAGCAUUCUUCUUAUCACAAGGACUCAUUUUGUCAACAAGGAACCCAAGCACAAGAAGCGAUUCCCUUUUUCUGAUAAAUACUGUGUUUGGCCAAUUUUAAUUGGGAUCAUUUUAGCAUUCCUAGCCAUGGUACCAUCUGGAAUAGUGCUUGGUGGUAGUGCUAAAUUCUGUUCAAGAGCCAAAGCAAUCAAGAACAUCAUUAUGGAAACAUCAGAAGAGGCAGCCCAAACGAUAUACAAUGUGACAGGAGCUGUGGAGGCCAUGGGAAGGAUCACAGAAUUCUAUGGUGGUUUUAAAGGGUCCAGCUAUCUGAAUUCCACAUCACAAAAGCUUAUCAAAAAAGCUUCUAACAUACAGAGAAAGGCUGAGACAAGCAUGCUCUCGCUCAACAAGGGUAUCAAAAUAUUGGAGGCGGUGACCAUUACCAGUGUCGUGCUAAAUAUUGUUGCUGUUCUUGCAGUUCUGGUUUUUUCUUUUUUCGGUGUUGCAGCAUUAAGGCAUCCAAGGCUAUACAAAAUAUUUUAUCUGUUUAUCAUCCUUUGCUGGUUAUUCACAUUCCUUUUCUGGAUAUACUUUGGGCUAUAUUUCUUUCUUUAUGAGUUCUCUGGUGAUUCCUGUGUGGCUCUUGCUGAAUAUACGCUAAAUCCUCGAAACAGCAACUUAAGCUCAAUCAUGCCUUGCAGUGAGCAAUUUUCUGCCAAUGCGAUGCUACACGAUAUCCGAGCAGGAAUCCAUAAUACAAUUGACCAGGUGAACAAAAGAAUAUCGGCUGCAAAGUCACUGCCUCUUCCAGAUCUGGAGUUUGUCUGCAAUCCUUUUUCAGAAUCACCUGACUACUCUUAUGAGCCAAAAAAUUGUUCUUCCAAUACAAUUAAAAUCGGAGAUGUUCCUCAGAUUUUGAAGAAAUAUACCUGCAUGGCCAAUGAUCGCGGAGUUUGCAGAGGAGGAGAAUUUAUAUCAGCCAGUGACUUCAUGAAAGUGCAAGUUUACACAAGUUCCAUGCAGAACAUACUCGAUGGCUAUCCUGGUAUAGAACGGCUAGCGAAUUGCCAAUUGGUGAAAGAUGCCUCUAAGAUCCUCCUGAAAGAAUGCAAGCAAUUGAAGAAUUACGCCUACUUGACGUGGGCAGGGUCGGUGGUUCUAUCCAUUUUCAUGGUCUUUUUUGUUCCGACGUUGAUUGUAGAAGCUCAUCAACAACACAAGCGCCAUACUUCUCACUGGUCUGUCGUAAAACCUCAACCAGGGUUGGAAGGCAGUCAAGUGGACAUGAUAGAAAUGGCUUCCAUAGAAGUUUGAUUGGAACCGCAGCAAGUCUCUGAAACUUAUAGUACAGACAGAAAGAAUUUAGGAGAUAAAGGAUGAGGGACCAACAUGGUUCAUAGCGAUGAGAGCUUCUUACACUUUCAGAAUAAAGAAGGAUGGGGCUGAGACAGAGAUCCAAAGGGGAUUGUCCACCCAAAAUAAAGUUUCUUUUCUUUCCUGUUCUUCUAAUGGUUCGGAAAAUCCAUCCCUGAUACACUGUAAAAUGUUCUCCUUCUUCUAGA